CUGACAGCACUGCCUCUACCCUCCAUAUUUUCAUCGCAACUUCUAAAUUAGUAUGCAAUCUGAUCGCGACUGUAAUGAAACGAAAUUUAUCAAUGUGUUGAUAUAAAGUAAUAUUUUAGAUUUUUGUAUCUACCAAUAAAAAAUAAUAAAUCUAGGACGUAACACAAUGUGUGUGUGACAUAUUCAAGUACAAACAUUAACCUAAAUUUUUUGUUAAAUGUGAAACGUUGUAACGUUUAAGCAUAUAGAGAAUAUUAGUUAAAAUUUAUAAUAAGUAUAGUUAUAAAACUAAUAAUUAAUUUGAUGUAAUAGUGUAAAAAGUCAUUAAACAAAAAGUGAUUAGAAAUGUGUACAUCUUUCAAUAAGUUGUUGCAACAUUAGGAAGAUCAACAAAUAUGGUUAACACAACACACAUUCAUGAUAUUUGAAAGCUUUACAGAUUAAUUUAAGAUUUGGAAGAGAAAUCAAUUUCUUUUAAUAUGGCCACCAAAAUAUUAUUAGAUGAAAUAAGAUCCAAUUUGAAAGGAAUCUUUCUUUCUGCUAUUAAAGCUGUUUCUCCUAAGCAAAUAAUAAAGGAUAAGGUGAAAUUAAAAAAUGGAGCUUUGUUUAUCGAAAAUAAAAGCUUCCCAAUAGGGGAAAAAGUCUAUUUAGUAGGUUUCGGCAAAGCUGUUAUGAACAUGGCUAUAGAAUUAGAAAAAAUACUCGGCAAUCAUUUGAUCAAGGGUAUAGUUAGCGUGCCUGAAAUCUCCAAAGAUUCAAUAUGGACGUUAGAUGAAACAUCUAGUUUUCCUAAUCAGAAAACAACUGUGCUUGAAUUUAGAGAAGGUGCCAUAAAUAAUCAACCAGAUGAUAGAUCUUUAAAUACGACACAUGAUAUUAUAGAUCUAGUCGAAUCAUUAACUGAGACAGAUACUCUAAUCGUAUUAGUAUCAGGUGGAGGAUCUGCAUUACUUUAUAUGCCUAGACCUACUAUAGAUUCUGAUGAUAAGAUGCGUUUAUGUAAAGAAUUGCAAAAUGCUGGUGCCGAUAUAACUGAAGUUAAUGUAUUAAGACGAAAGUUAUCUAUGGUUAAAGGCGGUGGCCUUGCUAGAAUGGCUUACCCAGCUUCAAUUAUUUCUCUCAUUAUAUCUGACAUUAUAGACGAUCCCAUUGAUUUAAUUGCUAGUGGCCCUACUGUUUAUAAUCCAAAAUUGCCAGAAGAAGUUAUCGCUGUCUUAAGAAAAUAUGAUUUAUUCAAAACUGUGGAAAGCGAUUUAAAAUACCUAAUAACGUCUACUGAAACUUUUAAUGAUACACCUUUAUUAAAUUCGGAAAAGAAAUUCAAGCAUGUCAAUAAUAUCAUUUUAGCUAAUAAUAUGACUGCUGUAGAAGGAGCAAGAGUAGAAGCUUUACGUAAAAAACUUGUGCCAAUAAUAUUACAGAACAAUAUUAAAGGCCACGUUCAUGAUGUAAGCUUAGCAUAUGUGAAUGUGGCUAAUCUGAUAUGUCUUGCGUUAAAUAAGACAUUAAGUAUGGAAGAUUUUCUUACCGAUGUUAAUAAAUCAGACAUUAUUUCUUUAACAGCUGAAAAAGUAAAAGAAAUUUAUUCUAUGAUUGAAAAUGUUAAUGGAAGUGGUGUGGUUUUAAUAGCUGCUGGUGAACCAACGGUUAAAGUUACUGGUACAGGGAAAGGUGGAAGAAAUCAAGAAUUGGCAUUAUAUUUUUCUUUAGACUGGUUAGCAAAGGUUAAAAGUAAUCCACUACUUACAGCUUACGAUGUAAUAAUAUUUAGUGGUGGUACAGAUGGCCAAGAUGGGCCAACAGAUGCAGCAGGUGCAUUUGGUUAUCCUGCUUUUGCACCAGUAGUAUAUCAGUUACUUGAGAUUUUAAAAUCGAUAAGAAUCCAAGAAAUAACAGCACUUCAAUCAAAGAAAGAGGAUAACACUGGCAAUGAAGUAGUGCAUCAAGAUCCAUGCAAAAGAUAUAUGUUGAGCGAUUAUCUGACAUCAAAAUCAAUUAAAUUAACAGAUCAAGAAUCAAAUAAAAUAGCAAAGAAGAUAGAUGACAUUGAAUCGCUUGAUAUACAUGAAUACGAAAAGAAAUAUAAGACAGAACUAAUGAUUAUGGAAGUAGAACGUAUUAUGCCUGAAAAUGCUUUGGCAGAGAAUAAUUCAUAUAAUUUUUUUUCUCGAUAUAAGAAAGGUGAAAAUAUAGUUAAAACUGGUUUUACUGGUACAAACGUCAUGGAUUUACAUUUUAUUUAUAUUAAAAAACGUGACUGCACAUGUGAAAUAAAUCAAAAAGAAGGAGAUGUAACUGUUACAAGUUUAGACGAUCAUGAUUUACAGAUCGACCCAGAAACUAUCAAACGACAUAAAUUUCUUCGUAUGCAUGCUUUCUUUAAAAAAGAUGAGUCAUUGGAUAAAUCACUGAUUCGUAACAUUGAAAUAGAAAAACUCAAUAUUAAAAUAAUCGAUGAAAAUUUACAUGAUCCGUAUUGUAAUAAGCAACGAAAAACUCCAAGUGAUUGAAAGAAAAUACUUAUAUAAUAGAAAAACAUUCUUAAAUAUAAUUGGGUAGAAAUGGAUAGCAGAGAUAAUCUUGGUAUGUAAUUAAAUUUUAUAAUGUAACUUAUGUCGUACAAUUUUUAUAAAUAUUAACGUUGCAUUAUUUUCUGGGUCGUAUAUGCAAUAAGAUUAACAGAAAUGUUUGAUAAAAUAAAUUAUCUAUUAAUAACAUUUUAUAGUUCGUAUAUAUAAAAAAAAUAUGUAGUAAAUAUCAGGUACAUAUAAAAGUAAGAACAUUUGUUGUUACCUAACUUUAUUUUUCAACAUAGCUUACAAAUUUAAAUGCAUAUUUUUUUGAUAAUCGCCACUAAAAUAAAGAAUUUAUUAAGUAGUAUCACAGAUUGAUUAAAAAGAAGCAAAAUCACAGUGUGACAAAUCUA